AUGAUGAUCAAAUUGUCGCCCAUCCGUCUGCUCAUCGCACGCCCCGCUGCCAUUGGCCGCACAGUCCGCCCCACCCGCUAUGUUCCGAUGAGCAAUGGCCCAUCUCGCUUUUACACUACAGCAUACGAAGAGGCAUCGGAAGAUCCUGCCGCCGCCGCCGAUGCCACGGCCACCGUGGUCGCCGACCAGAGAGACAUCAAGAACUUGAUGCAUUCGGCCACGUGGUUGGAUGCGUUGACCGAACGUGAACGCCAAUUGAAGGACGGCAAGACGUUGGACUCGUACAGCUACGUCAACCCCAAAACGACCGCCGUGACGGAGAAGACCCGCUCGGAGUCCUUCUCGUAUCUCAUUUUGCCCUUCAAGGAUGACCAAUGGCUCUGCGACUCGUACAUCAAUGCCUUUGGCCGUUUGAGAGCGGGCCAGUUGUUCCAGGACUUGGACGCCUUGGCCGGAAGAAUUGCUUACAAGCACUGUGCUCCUGCUGAACCUGUUAAUGUGACCGCGUCCGUCGACCGAAUCUUGAUGUUGAAGAAAGUGGACGAGAUCCAGAACUACAACUUCGUGUUGGCGGGCUCUGUUACGUGGACUGGUAGAUCCUCGAUGGAGAUCAGUGUCAAGGGGUAUGCGUUCACCGAGUCCAUUCCCGAGAAGAUCGUCGAGCUGGAGUUGCCCAGCGAGAACGUGUUCUUGGCUGCCAACUUCACUUUUGUAGCCCGUAAUCCUCUCACCCAUAAGUCCUUCGCCAUCAAUACCCUUCUACCAGUCAACGAGCAGGAGUGGCUCGACUACCGCCGUGCGGAGUCCUUCAACGCCAAGAAGAAGCUUGCCGCCAAGAACAAGUCCAUCAUCGAACCUACUGAUGAAGAGAACAGACUCGUCCAUGACAUGUGGAAGGCCUCGAAGACGGUUCAGCCCAGCGUCAACAGCUCCGUUCAAUUCAUGAAGGACACCACGUUCACCUCGACCUUGUUCAUGCAGCCCCAGUACAGAAACAGACACUCGUACAUGAUUUUCGGAGGUUAUCUCUUGAGAAACGCCUUCGAGUUGGCCUACUUGACUGCUGCUGCCUUCACCUCGGCCGGCCCAAGAUUCGUCUCGUUGGACUCCACUACUUUCAAGGCACCAGUGCCUGUCGGCUCCGUCUUGUCUAUGACUGCUUCUGUUUGUUACACCGAGCACUUGGGAGAAGAUACUGGAUUUGAGAGUCCAUUCAACUUGCCGCCAACGAACAAGCUCUCGUCGAAGCCAGACUCGUUCUUGCUGGAGGCUGGUACUUUGGUUCAAGUCAAGGUUGACACUACCAUCAAGGCAUUGGACUCGCCUGAAUCCAAGGAGUCUGGCUGUUUCAUCUACUCCUUCUUCGUGCCACACAGCUCGUACUCUGACGCAGAGGAGCACUGCUCUCUGGUCAUUCCACAAACCUACUCUGAGAUGAUGAGUUACCUCGAGGGAAGAAGAAGAGCCUUGGACACCGCCAACUAUGUUAAGAGCAUCCUGGGCUCUGGCAAGGGUCUCUAA